UGUAGCUAGCAGGAGUCCACUUUUCCUGUCCAUUCAAGGGCAUUGCCGGGGGCCCGAAGAUCAGCUUUGCACUGAGGCCUGUCAGCGAAGCAGGGCGGCCUAAUGGACCCUCAAAGACAUGUAGUGCUUCACCACAGGGGAUGUAUAAGCUGACAAGUCCCAGGUCUGAGCUCACACAGCCAUGGGGGACUGGAACCUGCUAGGAAAACUUCUCGAAAAAGCCCAGGAGCACUCCACCGUGGUGGGGAAGGUGUGGCUCACCGUCCUGUUCAUCUUCCGCAUCCUGAUCCUGAGUGCUGCGACAGAGAAGGUGUGGGGCGACGAGCAGUCGGGCUUCACCUGUGACACCAAGCAGCCCGGUUGCGAGAAUGUCUGCUAUGACAUCACUUUCCCCAUCUCCCACGUCCGCUUUUGGGUGCUGCAGAUCAUCUUUGUGUCCACGCCUACGCUGAUCUACCUGGGGCACAUCCUCCAUCUGGUGCGGAUGGAGGAAAAGCACAGAGAGAAGGAGAAAGAGAGGGAGAGGGAACAUGCGCAUCACUCGGACAAACAGGCCCUCAUUGUGGAUGGUCACCACAAAAAGGCUCUGGUGAGGGACGAGAAGGGCAGAGUGCGCCUGCAGGGGGAGCUCUUGCGCACAUAUGUCUUUAAUGUGAUCUUUAAAACCCUGUUUGAGGUGGGCUUCAUUGUGGCUCAAUACCUCUUAUACGGCUUUGAGCUGAGGCCCAUGUACACAUGUGAUAGACCGCCCUGCCCCAAUGUGGUAAAUUGCUACAUAUCCCGUCCCACAGAGAAAACCAUCUUCAUCAUCUUCAUGCUGGGGGUGGCCAGCGUGUCUCUUUUGCUCAACCUCAUAGAAAUCUACCACCUGGGCUUCACCAAGUGCCGUCAGGGCAUCAUCUUCAGGAGAGGUGAACAGUCAACCGGGAGCAUUUCCGAGGAGCCCAGUGAUACCGCUGUGCCCUUUGCGCCAAGUUAUGACGACUACUUCCACGGGCACCACCAAGUCCAGGCUGCCUACCCUCCCGUCCCCAGCUACAACCUCUCCCCUCUGUCCGAGGGCACAGACUCAUCGUUCCACCCAUACCACAGCAAGGCGGCUUACAAACAGAAUAAAGACAACUUGGCGGUGGAAAGGAGCAGCAGCAAGCCAGAGGAAUGUGACCUGAAAGGAAAGAAGGGAGCAGGAUCAGCCCCUGGGUCACCUACGCAGGCCAGGCCUGGCCGCAGUGCCAAACACAGCAACAACAAGACUAGAAUAGACGAUCUGAAGAUAUGAGGAGGUUUAUGUUUCUCUGAGGGGUCUUAAAUUGCUGUUAGAGGAUCAUAUGUUGUUUGGACGCAUUCAUACAUGUUGAACUGACUCCCCUCUAUAAGAUGGCACAGGUUUGACUCAUUCCAGCUUUGAGGGAAGUGACAUUUAUAGGGAACAUGAAGAAGCUGCAGUUGUUCUGUGAUAUGUAAUAAAGACUGUGGCUCAACAAAAGCAUUUCUAAUGAACUAAGACCUAAUUUUUCUCUUCUUCUUUCUUUCUUUCUUUCUUUCUUUCUUUCUUUCUUUCUUUCUUUCUUUCUUUCUUUCUUUCUUUCUAAAAACUUGAUUGGAUUUCACAUUAGAUUGUAGCACAAAUGGUUUAUGGUACCCCACUUGUGGCAACACCAUAUUUUCAGUAAAUGUUCAUAUUUAUUAAAUGUACUGAUGUUUUGUGAAGUGAAUUGAUUUGUGUAUCGUUCCACUCUUCACUAUUAUCUCUCUUCACUAUUAACAAAAUCAACAAAAACUAUGGUAGGCUCAGGUUUUAGAUUGAGCUCAUCUUUUUUUUUCUUUUCUUUGUUCAGUAUGUGAUGAAUGUGAAUGAACCCUGCCCAAACUUUUGGAACAGAAUCCAGGGCAGAAACUUGUUUCAGCGUUGACCUGACCUUGUUUAAGGAAAUCAGAUAGGGCGAAUAGUUAAAUUUAACUUCCUUUAACUGUUUUGAGGUCACCAUCUAGCAUAGUUCACUUGCUUAGACUUGAAGUGAAAAGUUGUGCAAUACCUGACAACACAUUGGACACUGGAGUCACUGUAACUAAUUCCAGGACGCGCCUCAAAAGAAAUUGCACUGGUCUCAGGAGUUCCCACAUUCUCUCUCUUUUUAUUGCGACAGCCAUCAAGUACAUAAUUAUAAGCACAUUGUUUUGUUUAUCCGUGUUUAUAUCUGUGUUUGUGUCGUUAGUUUUCUGUAAAGCACUUGGUGACAACCAUAUUUGUA